CUUCCGCCGCCGCGUGAAGUACGAGUGACGUUCCACGCACGAAUUCUGGUUCCGUAAUAACAACAUCGAGUAAGGGUGCUGGUAAAAGGAAGGGGAAUUUGCUGAAAGGACUUUAAAGCCGACGGAUGGCGGUUCGGUGACAAUCUGUAUGUCAGACUUGGACACGUGGGGCCUGAUUAUUGUGUAUCUCUUGGUAUUUACAUAAGUACGGGUGCGGGCAAAGGACAACAUGUCGGAGGCGAACAGCGUGUCUGUACAGCAGAUGCUUGACAGGAGUUGUUGGGUUUGUUUUGCCACGGACGAGGAUGACCGGACGGCGGAGUGGGUGAGGCCGUGCAGAUGCAGAGGGUCUACAAAGUGGGUGCAUCAGGCAUGUCUCCAGAGAUGGGUUGAUGAAAAGCAAAGAGGAAACAGCACCGCUCGAGUUGCUUGCCCUCAAUGUAAUGCAGAGUAUUUAAUUGUGUUUCCAAAUCUUGGUCCAGUGGUUUAUGUAUUGGAUCUUGCAGAUAGGCUGAUAUCCAAAGCCUGCCCUUUUGCUGCUGCGGGGAUCAUGGUGGGGUCAAUAUACUGGACAGCUGUCACUUAUGGUGCAGUCACUGUGAUGCAGGUUGUUGGCCACAAAGAGGGCCUCGAUGUCAUGGAACGGGCUGAUCCCCUCUUCUUGCUGAUUGGCCUGCCUACCAUCCCGGUCGUGUUGAUUUUAGGCAAAAUGAUUCGCUGGGAGGACUAUGUGCUCAGACUCUGGCGCAAAUACUCCAACAAAUUACAGAUUCUUAACAGUAUAUUUCCAGGAAUUGGCUGCCCAGUUCCCCGGGUACCAGCUGAAGCCAACCCACUGGCAGAUCAUGUCUCUGCUACACGAAUACUGUGCGGAGCUCUGGUCUUUCCCACUAUCGCUACUAUUGUUGGCAAAUUGAUGUUUAGCACCGUUAAUUCCAACCUACAAAGGACAAUUCUGGGAGGAAUCGCUUUCGUUGCCAUUAAAGGAGCCUUCAAGGUUUACUUCAAACAGCAGCAGUACCUGCGCCAAGCUCACCGGAAGAUCCUCGACAGCCAAGAGCCCGAACCAGAAGUAUAAGGACAGUUUUACUGCUCAAUUCACUUUCCCGGCUCCUGGGGAUGUACAAGAAGCUGCUGCCUGUGACAUUUUGUUAAUUAAUCACUUGUGCGAGAGGGAAAAGCCUACAAUCAGCCGUCCUCACAAUGUGAUCCAAUGUCUUCGGCCUCCUAAAAAAACAGCAACAUUGCGCUUUGGCGUGUUAUUCGCCUCGUACAAUAUUUCCCCGGCACAAUAACAUACCUGUCUACACGUUGCAGUCCAGACUGCUCCAUUCACUGGCUCCAUCUGUUGUUUUGUUUCUCCCCCAACAUUGCUGCCAAAUUUCUUAACGUAUUCACCGCCAGAAAACCGAGUGCUGCUUGUGGUUUUUAUUCCUCACAAAUACUAGUGUGUGUGUAGUGUGUCAGGAUCCAUCACACAACCUUCAGCUCUUUAUUUUAUUGUUUCUUACUAAAUCUCAUUAUUAUUAUUAUUA